UUAUCAGCUUUUGUUUCACAUUGGAUCCUUGUUUUUUCAGCAUCCUUAUUUUUGAGUUUUCAGCAUGGAUCCUUAUCCAGGCGCUGCCAGUGUUCCAGUGCACAUAACUGUGUUACGAGGAAAUAAUCUGAGAGGUAUUAAAAACGAGCCUUUUCUCAACUUUGUGCGAGUUGAAUUUAACGGGAUUGCUCUGGGAGACUCACAGAAGCUGGAUGCGCCUGUGGAUGAGUGUGUGAAUUACAACUUCACCUGCAGCUUUGAAUGUUCUGAUGUCGGCCAUACUCUGGACGACCUGGCACAUAAACCAAUAAUAUUAACAUUGAUUGAAGUCUUACCAAAGGAGAAGAAGCAGAAAGAGGAGAAGACUUCUGUUUUGGGCCAGGCUAUUGCUGAUCUGCUCCCUCUGUUGCGUGGGCAGUGGAGCUUCUCUUCCACUGUGGUGCUUCAUCCUGCACCUGGACCACCCUCUGAGAUUGCCUUACAAGAUGGAGGAAUUAAGCCAACACUGGAAGUGACAGUCAGUGUGCCAGAGCCUUUGCUCUCAGACUCCCAGCUCUCUGAGUCUAAUCUGCUGGCGGUCACUGUGGAGACAGCAUACUCUGUGCCUGAUGUCUGGAACCCUGCCCCUGGGCCUUCUUGCAGUUAUGUAGCUGCUCUGCAAGUCCCCCUUACAGCUGAGAAAGAGCAGAUAUUAUUGUUCUCCAACGGUGUACUAAAAAUGGGUGGCGAGAGAGAGCCUGUACCCAGACCCAAAAAAUGGCCCAUUGGUCCACUCCUAGCCCCAGAUGCCCAGUUCAUUCCAGGCAUCUGCAUUGAAGGCGAGCUCACUGAUUUAGAAGAUGGAGGCCUUACUAGCAUUGAGGAUCAGGAAUUCCGAGCCGAAGCUGAGUGUAACAGGAAGAGAGUGAGUUGGGACACAGAGCGCCGCUGCUUUGUAGAUGCAGGUGGAGCUGCAUGUCUGACCCGCAGGAUUGCGGAAUGCAGGCUGUGGCCUGUGGAAGUUAUGAGAUCUCCUCAGGCUGGAGCUACCAAAGUAGCUGUGGGGAAAGCUUGCAAAGAAAAAACUCAAGCAGAGGAUGAGAUCCAGAUUCCUUUUCAUGGAGUGGCCUAUGUGGACUUGGCACCGUUGUUGUACCCUGGUGCAAAGUGUAUCCGUGGAGCAUAUAUGCUCCACCCAUUCUAUGACUCUGAUCUGCUGCUGAAGACCAAGAGGAAUAUGAGUGUUCUGCGGGAGAGCAUGAAGGCACCAGCUGCACAGGGCCGGCCUCGUCCCCCCUCCUCUGUGGGCUCCUGCAAGGCAGCACCCAGCAAAGUCUUUGAGACCCUCAAGGCAAGCAGAGAUAACAAAGAAGUGCCUAGAAAGACAGGAAAACUGGACCAAUGCGAGAGUAUAACAGACGCUGAAACACAAGUCAAUGCAGAAGGACAGAUGUAUACAGAUUCAAGAUCAUACAUUGUUAUUGAAAUUGCCUUGGAAAAACCACUUGUUCCAAAGAGACGACCAGAGGAGCUGGCAGAACGAGUGAUGGAACUGAUUCCACCCCGGCCUCCACUCCCCCGACGACCAGCUGGAGCAGAGAGAGCGGUACAGGACUAUCAGGCUCAGAUAGCGAGUGUGGCGGCUCAAGUGUUGGAGCAGUACCAGCAGAUGUUCGGAGAUGCGUUUGUCCCCAGAGCCAAGCCUCUGGACCCUGCCACCCAAGAGCAGCGCAAGAGACAGCUCUUUGGAGAACUCAACUGCUCUGGGAAGUAUUUUGCCUUUAAGGAGCAAAUGAAAUACUCAGUGGUGCGAAUCGUGAGAGAGAAAAUGCUGAGGACUGAGGCUUUCACAGAUCCAGAGCAGCUGCAGGCGUUUUUGAGUCAGCUCUAUGUCUUUCUAGUGGACGAGAUGCAUGUUGCACUCAAUAAGACCCUUUCAGCUGAUGCCCCGGAAGUCCAACCUGAGCCACCGCUGGACUGCAGUCAGCUCAGACAUUUUGCCAAAGAGGCCCAGCUUAAUGAGGAAUACCAGCUGGCUGCUCAGUAUUACCAGGAGCAGCUGGCUCAAGAUUGGAGCAAUCCGUCACACUGGUUUGAUUACGGAGUCUUUUACAUGCUGACGGCUGACUACCCGAAGGCUGAGGAGUGUUUCCAAAUGGCUGUAUCCAUCAACCAAGUAAAUGUACCCAGUUUGCUUAUGUGUGGGAUUCUGUCAGAGAUGAGUGGGCGUUAUGAGGAUGCCGAGACCUUUUUUGAGAGGGCCACAUGUAUAGAGCCGAGUUGUGUAGUUGCGUGGACCUUAUUUGGCCUAUUCUACCUGGCACAGGAGAACUUCAUCCGAGCUGAAAUGGCUUUCGCAGAAGCCACCAAGCAACUGAGGGCAGCCGUGGUGUGCAGUCCAGUGUGCAGACAGGAGAUGGUGCAUGACACUCAGACCCCCACAGAGGGUGGAGGGCAGGAGGAAGUGAAGUUUAGCCAGUCUCUGGCUGAACCAGUGGACAAACCUGCUGUGGAAGUGGAUGGGGAUAAAGAAGAGCUUGAGGCUCAGAGCAGACAGAUGAUUAUAACAGAAGAAGAUUACAAUGCAAAUGCUGAUCCUAAACUUGCUGUCCUACAACAUCAGUCCUCCACCAGACUCAGUACCACUAUCUAUAUGGAGACAGUGACGUUUUUGCUGCAGAAUUAUGCCUUACAGAUGGCCCAGAGGGCUUUGGCUCAGGAGCUGCUGUGUCCAGAUGAGGGUCCAAGCAGUUCAUAUCAUCUCGCCCUUGCCAAAGUGCAACUCCUCCAAGGACAGUACAGCAGUGCUGAGGCUAGUCUGCAGGAGGCUCUCAAUGACAGCUUCCAGAAUCCAGAUGCAUGGGCGCUUUUUGGUCAUUUAAAAUACUUGAUGAAGGAUUAUAAUCAAGCUCAAAAGUGCUAUGAGAGAACACUGGACAUUGUGAUGGACGCCUCAGACACACAUCUUGUUUACCUCCGUCUGGGCUCCAUCUACUUGCAAAGCAGAGAGUAUGAAAAAGCCAAGACCACAUACCUUCGUGCCUGCAAGAGCUCCCCCUCCUGUCUGACUUGGCUAGGUCUGGGCAUUGCUUGCUACAGGCUUGGGGAACUGACUGAGGCAGAGGAUGCCCUGUCUGAAGCCAACACCCUCAAUAAUAGAAACCCAAAGGUCUGGGGCUACCUGUCAUUGGUUUGUUUACAGACUGGAAGGAAACUGGAGGCUGAGCAGUCAUACAAAUACGCCUUAAAGUUCAGUUUCCCAGAUGAGCCACUACUACAGGAGAUCAGAGAGCUGCAGGAUCGUGUUGGAUUUGGAAAUCCUUCUUUUCCAUAGCAAUUACGCAAUUUAUUUUUAGCAAAACUAUGCACAAUUCAUAAUAUUUAUGAUGGAAAUAAUUACAAUAAAAUGUGAUUGUGUAAUCUGCAUUAAGCACAUAUUUGUAUGGAUUAUUUACUACAGUGUUGCUGUGUUUACCUGUCUAAAUAGUAGAAGCAGCUCAGGAUGGUAACAAGUGAAAUUAAAGCUCGAAUCAUAUUAUAGCACAGCCGUUUGUUACAAACGUUUA